AGCUUUCUCAUUCAUUCCCCCAGUCUAUUUCCUCUCUAAGCUGCGCAAAAGGGAAAGGGGAUUCGAUUCAAUCGCUCUCCUUCGUUCGAUUUCUGGACAAGCCUCGAAAUCUCCUCUCGUUCUGUGUUUUUGCUCAAUGUUUUGCUUAAUCUUCGAUUUAACUGGUUGCUUAUAAAAUUAGUGGUGCAAGAUGAUCUCUGAGAAACCAUUGGGAGAGGAGUCAAUCCGGAAGGAUCUGGAAGGUUUAACAGUGUCGUCAAAACGCCUUGUUAAAAGUGUUAGCCAGAAGUUAAAGAAAAAGAUCUCCAAAACUGAGGUGGUGGUUGAGGAUGAAGUAGUAGAUGCCAGAGGAGGAGGAGGAGGAGGAGGAGGAGGAGCCUUGAAUUGUCUUAACAUUAGUGGUAGAGGUGUUGGUUGCAAAGUCGCCGACACCGGUGAUGAUUUUGAGGAUAAGAGAUGGUCCAGCGCUAGUGAAAGCUUAACCACUACCAUUUGCGGAACUGAAGAAACCACCACUAGGUUGGAUUGCUUUUCUCAUGGAGUCAAAGAGAUGUUCUCUAAGAAGCAUAACAACAACAACAGAAAAUACAUAGAAUCAAAGCACAACCACCACCACAACAUAUUCCUCCCUGACGAUAUUCUCGAAAUGUGUUUGAUGAGGCUUCCUUUGACCAGCCUAAUGAACGCCCACCUCGUCUGCAAGAAAUGGCGCCACAUGGCCACCACGCAGCGGUUCCUCCACCUGAGGCGCCAAGGCUCCUUUCAGUCCCCGUGGCUGUUUCUCUUCGCUUCUGGGGAGAUCCACGGGUACGAUGUGUCUCAGGACAGGUGGCAUAGGGUUGAAUCCGAUGUGCUUAAAGGGAGGUUCAUGUACUCGGUGACGAGCGUUCACGAGGAUGUUUACGUGAUCGGAGGCCGUUCCGAGGAUAGAAACUCUUUCAAGACGCACAGAGGCGUUCUCGUGUUCAGCCCUUUGACCAAGUCGUGGCGUAAAGUCAAGUCUAUGAGACAUGCUAGAACGCUUCCCGUUGUUGGUGCCACUCAUGUUUCUUCAGAGCUGUCCUCCGUUCAACAGCAGAGUCAACGCUUUCACCGGUCGUCUAGAGAAUCAGCUGUUUAUGAAGACCCUCACAGAUUCUCCGUCAGACGCAGCCAGGGUGAUCAAACCGGAGGAACUGUUACAUCAUCCCACAGAUCAUCGUCAGCAAGACUAAAGCUCAACACCUCCAAGAGAUUCGUGCUCAUUGCAAUCGGAGGGGCUGGACUGUUUGACGAGCCGCUUGAUUCAGGUGAGAUAUACGACUCAGCAACGAACACGUGGUCAGAGAUACAGAGACUUCCCGUGGAUUUUGGAGUCGUGUCUUGCGGGAUCAUAUGCAAUGGGAUCUUCUACGCUUACUCCGAGAACGAUAAGCUAUCAGGGUAUGACAUAGAGAGAGGCUUCUGGAUUGGGAUCCAAACAUCUCCGAUCCCUCCUCGGGUUCACGAGUUCUACCCUAAGCUCAUCUCCUGCAACAACCGGUUGUUCAUGCUCUCGGUCUCGUGGUGCGACGAAGGAGAUGGGCAGAUUGGGAGGAGGAACAAAGCGGUGAGGAAGCUGUGGGAGUUGGAUCUUGUGUACCUCACGUGGGCCGAGGUUUCGGUACACCCAGACGCACCGAUGGAUUGGAACGCCACGUAUGUCUCGGACCAGAACAUACUGAUGGGAGUUGAGAUGUUCAAGAUUUUCGGGCAGGUGUUGGGUUUCUUCACUGUCUGCGAUGUGUCGAGGGAAGAAGUCUCUUGGAGACAUGUUUCGAGGAACCAAAGGAGUCAGAAACUUAAUCGAUCUUGUAUGAACAAGACCAUUGCCUUGCUUCAUCUCUGAUCUUUUUUUUUUUUUUUAAUUUUUAAAUUCACUGUAAUAUUAUUAUCUUUCAGGAUUUGUUAAAUGAUUGUAUUGAAAGAAAAGGUAAUUUGUGACCCUCCCCUUGUGACUGAAAUGUAAUGUUCGUAUUUUUACUGAUUUUCUGCUA